GUCAUCCGAUCCGAUUGAUGCGCCUAAGCUGACGGCUUAUAUACCAACGAAUCGAUCCAUCCUUGCUGUAUCUGACGUGCUUUGCAAGACAACUCAUAAUCGAACAGAUCCAGAUGAGCUCAUGAGUUGCGAGGGUGCAGAAACAUGCUCAUAUGAAAAGGGUGUACUGCGGAGAACAGCGAGCUGAUGACAUGGCAUGCAUCACAUGUAUCGUCAUCUAUGAACACCACACGCCAUCAGUCAGUUGUCUGUCUCUAGACCUCACACACGUGCAAUCAGGGCAAGCUUGUCCUGCUGCCCAGACAUGCCUCAUCGCCUGCCACCGAACGAAUCAGCUCACGCACACCGGCUGUCUGUGCUCCCUCCCCUCGUCGCAUAUGAGCUGCUGGUCUGCCACUUUGCCUCCUUAGUUCCUUGUGCCGUGUAUGAGGAAGUGGAUCGCCCGCUCGGGUGGCAGUCAUACCACUCAUGGCAUUCAUUCAUCAGUAAAGGUCAUCCUUCCGAGUCCGCGAAUAGGAGCGCAUCUUCUUCCACUUAAGCCGAUUCUCCUCAUACCGUUGAAUCUGCCACACAACGAAAACCAGCCGGCCACACAGAUACCGCAGAUACGUGUCGCACAUCGUCAGCAGGUUUGUGUGCGUCCUCCCUUGUGACCGACCUCUUCUGGGUCUUUGACUUCGUGUAUCCAGUCCUUGACGAAGGGCUUGAAGUUGCGCUCCUUCAUGCUCUGACACACACCAGAAAGAAGCACUCAUCUUUCUUGGCCGGCCAUUGGUGUGUGUAUGGUCCGUCUACCCCUACCUCUGCCUGGUCGAGCAGCUUCUGCAGCUUCUCAAAAGCGAUCUCUGUGUUGGCAAUCGCCGACGAAGUAUCUGCGGCCAUUCAACGCAACCAACAUGAUGCCUGCCUGCUCGCGUGCAAAGACGAGCUGGCCGUGUGCUCGUCUCAUGGUAUUUUGUCGUCGAGUCACCUCCUGCAGUGAUCAUGAGGUCGCCUUCCUUGGUCAGCUUCGAAGCACACGACUUGCUGCAUCCAUUGACCCAACCACAGCAGUGCACGAGAAUCCACAUGUUGAGAUCGACUGCUGCCUUCCUUGCUUCCACCCGUCCGCCCAGGAUCCAUACUCACAGGAGUCGUUCCCGUAUCUUGUCAGGUAUCCAGUCAGCCGUCUUCAGGUUGAACCGUAACCGCACUUUCGUGUCAGACUGCAGCAUCCAGCCAACCACACACAAACACAUGAAACACAUCAACAUGCCUGUAUGUCUGUGUCUCUCUGGAUGGGAUUUUUGCAUUGGCCGAGCACCUCGUGAGUCCACGUACCGUGUUGACGCUCUGCCCUCCCGGGCCUGAGUUGCGCAGAAAGACCCUGUCGAUCUUGUUCCGCGGAAUCACAAUGCCGUGCCGCACACCGAAACGGCACCAGCCAAGGUGGCCAGCCGCUGCUGGCGGCAGGAGCGAAGGCCAACAAGCAGAUGCCAGCGACCUCCUCCUCCCCUCUUCAGGCCUCCUUGGACAUGCAGAAUCAGAUGCAGUGGCGCUCAUGUGCCGACAGAUCGAAGAUGCCUGAAUCCUCGUUGAGGCAAUACGGGCAGCAGAGGCAGCAGAGGGCAUCUGGAG